CUAAUUCAAACAUCGAAAUUCAAAUUUGUUUCAUUUUCUCUACCGCUUUGCUUCUGAACCAAAGAGACAGAGAGAGGAGAUUUGAUCGGACGGCAGAGAGAGGAGACGCCGCUAAUCCCCAAACACUUCGCUGCUUCCUUCGCCGUCGUCUGAGGAAACGGCGUGUCAUUUUGUCGACCUGAGAAUAUCUGGUUGUACUUUGAAGUUUUGUUCAAAUUGGCGUAAAUGGCGAAACGAAGAGGGAGAAAACCCGCUAAGAAAGCGGUUUCAGCACAAGAUUCAGAUGCCGAAGCCGCGAGAGAAUCUGAAAUUGAAGACAAAGAAUCUGAGAUUUUGCACCAAGAAGUCGAACGAGAAAGUGCUGCAGCUAGGGCGAUUCGAGAUGUGGAGAUUGAACAUACACUCACUGGGUUGCGUUUACUCAGAUCAUGUUUUAGUGAGGAACAGCUGAAAACCCCUGUGCUUCAAUUUUUCAAUGAAAAUCUUCCAGACCUUUCAAUUGUAAGAAAUGAAGAAAAUGGGCAUUUUGAAGUGCAAUGGAAUGAUAAUAAUGGUAAUUCAUGUAUGUACAAUGCUGAUGGAAGAGAUUUACACACUUCUCUUCUGCAUCGGAUGUCCAUUGCUUAUCCUUUUUGCUCUGCUGCUCCCUCUUUCGGUGGCUAUGAGUUAUCAAGCCAAUCAGUUAAAACAAGGGUUCUAGGUGCCGAUAACCUGCAGAUCAGAGACUUUUUUAUGGAGGAGCUUUGUGAUUCUCAGAUGCUUGGAAUGCAUGAUGCCUUUCGUACUCCUGGGGCUACCAGCCAAAGGCUAUCUAUUGGAAUGACCCCGAAAACUUUAAGGUUGCCUAAGCCUGGCGAGAUGCUUCUUUCUGUUCAUGGUUCACCUCUUGGUGUCUACAAGGAGGAGAACAUGGAAGCAAUACAAGAGUCAGAUGAGGAUUGACUGGCUUCAAGCUGUUCUCUUCUUGGUCAUUGGUUAUGACAUUGCAAUGGCUGCCCACUCAAGGCUGGUCUGAAUGUAGUUGCAUUAUUGUACAUGAAAUUGUACCUCUAUUCUGAAAACCUGUUAUCUUGACACUGAUUUUGAUUUUUGAGUUAAAACGAGUGUAUCAUAUUACGAAUCCGUUUUAAGGUUUUUAGUUUUACCAUGAUUUAGUAAAUACAGAAGAAUUGUAGCUCUUUCGCCACAUCAAUAUAAAUUAUAAUAACUCCAUAGGCAUGAAAUGAUUGUCUAGAUGAU